AUGCUCUUGACCAAGAUCGCACUUGCCGUACUAGCGGUCGCACAAGCGGAAGCGUACAGAGAGGACAUUCACCCAGAGUUUCACUCUGGACUCUCGAUUAACUCGGUACCAGCUACGGAUCGCGACCAUUGGAUGCGACUGGCCAACUCUGCCAUCUACUAUCCCCCCGUGUCGCACCCAUGUCCACAAGCGCCGUUCGGUACCGCAAUAGUCAACACGACAUCGAAUGAGCUCAUCUGCGCCAUCGCCAACCGCGUCGGGUCCACUGGAGACCCGACUCAGCACGGCGAAAUCACAGCGAUCCAGCACUGCACGAACGUUCUGCACAAGAAAGGUCUCUCGCCGCAAGAGAUCCUAGCAGCUUGGAAGCACUUUAGUCUCUACACGAACGCCGAGCCGUGCACGAUGUGCCUGAGCGCUAUUCGAUGGGCUGGUUUCAAAGAGGUCAUCUACGGUACUAGCGUGCGAACUAUCGCCGAGAGUAAGUGGGGGAUCCAUCGUGGAAGUAGUUCGCUGUUCUGUCCUCGUUUACUGACAAAACUCACUCUGACUCGCGCAGAUGGACGCAAUCAGAUCUACAUUCCUUCGAACCUGGUGCUCGAGAGGAGCUACUCGUUCGGACAUGCGACUCUGAUUAUCAGCCUUCUCCACCGAAAAGCAUCGACUUGCGUGACGGUGCUAACAUUCACAUCUUUACCUGACUGGACGACGAUCGCAGCUGUGGGCUGUCACAGAACACGAGUCGGCGAUGCCCGCGUCAAGACUUGCGAGCCGGUUUCUGAUUGGCACAAGCUGGUUGACCUCAGCCAUGCCGCGGAUGCUCGCAUGGGAACUCAGCCGACGCCUAAAACUCCACUUCACAUAGAACUGUAA